AUGCCCAGAGAUGGACCAGAUGCUUCUUCAGCUGCAUAUGCAGCUGCGGUGUACUUCACUAAGGACAAGAAAGCUUCUUUAGUUUUCGCCAAGUCGAGAAUUGCUUCCAUCAAGGCAAAAGGUCGACUCAAUGAUAACGAUUAUGAACUAGCUAUAGAUGGAUUAAUCAGACAAGCCCAAUCAGAAGAAAUAACGGAAGAAGAAAUAAUUAAAUGGAAUUUAUACUAUGAAGAAGGAGAAAUCUAG